AUGAGCCGCCGUUUGGUGCUGCAGCUCCGACCGCAUGUGCGCGUGGCAGCGCGGCCUGCGACGCACGUGACGCGGCGAUGGAUCAACUACGGCCACGACAUGCACAAGGAUAUGCUCAGUGGGACGGCCAAAGUCUCCGUGACGGAGUACGACGACGGAGGAUUCGUCGUCAAUGACGUGAAUAUGCGCGGAGGCGUAGCGCUGUUCUCGGAGAUUUCCAUGCUCUGGAAACCGAAGAGGGUCGAGGACAUCACGCGCGAACACCUGACUGUCUUCACAGUCUUCAACCCACCGAUCGAGAUCCUGGUGCUCGGCUGUGGUGAGCGCAUCAACCGCGCAUUGUCCCCCGAGCUGCAGGAGAUGCUAAAAGUGAACGGCAUCGUGGUGGAGUACAUGGACACGGUCAACGCGUGUGCCACGUUCAACGUUCUGAAUGCCGAGGACCGCAGAGUGGCUGCCGCGCUUCUACCCUGCAAUCCAGAUGCCGCGUCGGAAGCCUCCGGGUCGAACAUCUAA